AUGUCAGACCUCAAGGUUAUUAAAAGUGUUGCUUCCGCAGUAGUUUCCGAGAAUGGACGGGUCUUAGAAAAGCUUGCAAAUGAAGACCAACAAGAUUUCUAUCAUAUCUCUUUAGAAGAAAUUCUUUAUGAAGCAAAACUUCAGAGGGAAUUGGAGAAAUCUGAAGAGUGGGGUGAGCCUGCUCCAACUCUUCCAAUGUUGAAUUUAGUCAAAGGAAAAUUAUUUGCUAAGAAGCCACAAAGUUCCUCUUCAAAUUCAUAUUCUAGUGAUGCUGUGGUCGAUGAAAAACAAACUGGUUUCGAAGGAGAUGACGAUCUUGUCUCUGAGCCUAUUAAUAAAAGUUUAGAAAAUGCCAAUAGAAUGGUGAGAACUGCUUCGUGGGGUUCCGUAUUUUACUUGAUUACAACAGAUAUUCUUGGUCCAACAAGUGCCCCAUACUCAGUUUCUCAACUUGGAUACGUUCCAGGUUGUUUAUUAUACUUAUUAUUUGGAAUUGCCGCCGCUUACACAGGUUUCCUCUUGUGGGGUCAAUUUUUAACCCUCGAUUCACGGAAAUAUCCAUUACAUUCCUUCGGUGAUGUGGUGGGACGUAUUUAUGGUAAGUAUACAAGAUACGGUGUUGAUUGUCUCCAAACUCUUCAGUUGAUCUGCAAUGUUGCAGUCAUUACCCUCGGGAAUGGUCAAGGUUUAUCCCAAAUGGCAAAGGGUAAAGGAUGUUAUACUGCCUUAAUUUUAGUGUGGGCAAUUAUUGGUAUGAUUGUUGGUCAAAUCAAAUCAUUGCAGAGAUUUGGAUUCUUAGCCAAUCUCGCAAUUUGGAUGAAUGUUUUCGUUAUUAUUGCUACUAUGGCAUGUGUUUCCAAGCAAUUACCUAACUAUACCGCAGCGGCUGGAACAGCAGGCGUCGUUAAAGGUCCCGUGGUUACUCAUGUCAUAGUAAGUGGAGCUGGAUCAGAAGCAUUUCAGAGUCAGUUAACGGCUUGUAUGAAUAUUGUCUAUGCUUACGGUGGUGCUAUGGUCUUCAUUGAAUUUAUGUCUGAAAUGAAGAGACCUCGUGAUUUCAUUAAAGGUAUGGCAUGUGCUCAACUCUUUAUUUUCACCGUUUACCUUCUUUAUGGAAUGAUUGUGUACCACUACCAAGGCCAGUUUGUUAUAAACCCAGCCAAUCAAGGUAUCAGUCACUACGGAUGGCAAACUGCAUGUAAUGUCGUUAAUUUACUUUCCGCUAUCAUUGCAGCUGGUCUUUAUGGAAAUGUCGGUAUCAAGGUCUUCUACACUUCCUUUAUACAAAAAGUUUUCAAUGCUCCAAGUCUUAAUUCUAAGAAAGGUAGAUUCAUUUGGACUUUUCUUGUUAUUGUAUAUUGGGCUGUAGCAUUCGUUAUUGCAUCUGCUAUUCCACAAUUUUCAUACUUGACAGGUUUGGUCGGUGCUAUCUGUAUCUUGCAAUUUACUUAUACAUUUCCUCCUAUCAUGCAAUUUGGAUUAGAUUUCCAGAUUGCGGCUAUGCAAGGCGAUGGACCUUAUGACCCCGUGAACAAAGUUGCAAACCGUGUUGAUUCAUGGAGUAACCUUUCCAGGUGGGUUCGUGCUUAUAAAGUUAACUGGUUCAAGAACACAUGUCACAUCAUCUUCUUCUUAGCAGCAUUAGCUACCGCAUGUCUUGGUAUGUAUUCUUCGGGAGAAGGAUUUGCCCAUUCAUUUGCAGAUGGUGUGACUACCUCCUUCACUUGUAACUCACCAGUGGCUUAA